GCAACCUUUAAAAACCCGGCCCGCCUCUCCGGCGUGUUCACCGCCGUGUGCCACCAGUUAGUUUCUCGACGCUCUGUGCUUACACCGACUGGAAUAUCAAACCUAAUGUAUUCCGCUGUAUAUAAUUCCUGAUCACAGAAACCUUGGAUCUUACUUAUUUCCUUAAAUUUAUGCGCUAAGCCCUAGCACUAUUUUGAUAAAUUUCCUCAAAUUCCGUUUCCACUUAGCAUUCAAAUAUAUCGGAAUAGGUGGUACUGUGAAUCGCGUGCAUCGUCGGAAAAAAUGGCAGUGGCUGCAAAAUGGGCGUUCUGUGCAUUCCUGGGAAUAAUGCUGCUUCACAUUUUGGCCAUUUUAUUAUUCACGAGGGGUUUCCUUCUCACUCGGUCCGAACUCUCCCAGUAUAGCCAUUGCAGUGACGUCGACGAGUCUCCCUGCUUUUCUCCUCCUCGUGAUCAAACUUCCAACGGUAGUUGUUGGAAUAAACCCGUUGUCGAUCGUCUUGUUAUCAUUGUUCUUGAUGCUAUUAGGUUCGAUUUUGUUGCUCCCAGCACAUUUUUUGCGGAGAAGAAACCGUGGAUGGAUAAGUUACAAGUGCUUCACGAAUUUGCCAGUCAGAACCGAUCAUCUAGAAUUUUCAAAGCUAUAGCGGAUCCCCCUACCACGAGUUUGCAGCGUCUAAAGGGUUUGACUACCGGUGGACUUCCCACGUUUAUUGAUGUUGGAAACAGUUUCGGCGCUCCAGCAAUUGUUGAAGAUAACUUGAUACAUCAGUUGGUUCAGAAUGGGACGAGAGUGGUGAUGAUGGGGGACGAUACCUGGAUUCAAUUAUUUCCACAUCCUUUCGUCAAAUCUUAUCCAUUCCCUUUUGGAAUAAGAACUUUUGGUUGCAUAUCAAAAACUGUAGCUGUUCUUACUUUUAUGGUCUGUUGUUAUUUACAGCAUGGAAGGAGGAUUUGCGUUAACUCUAUUCAACAGCUUGAUUUUGCUGCCACUGUAUCUGCCCUGCUUGGUGUUCCGUUUCCCUUCGGAAGUAUUGGGCGUGUUAAUUCUGAGCUCUUCUCCUUAGCUGGUGGUACAUGGAAUCAGGAAAGUUCACCCACCAGUAAUGAUCAAAGUCUAUCAGAAAUUGACAAUUCAAUGCAGAAUUAUGUUAAUCUACUCUGUAUUAAUUCUUGGCAGGUGAAGAAAUACAUUGAUGUUUAUUCAUCUUUGUCAUUAAUUGGAUUUUCGGAACAAGACUUGCUGCAUGUAUCAAAGCUGUAUUCUGAGGCACAGGAGCUUUGGUCAAACACUUCGAAGAAUUUUUCACUUGACAAAACUCAGAGGCUUUUUGCUUCACUACCUUUAAUCAAACGACAACUUGAUGCAUAUUCUGUAUUUUUGGAAAGUGUUGCUGACCUAGCACGAUCAAACUGGACUGAGUUUCAUUUGAAGAUGAUGGGUGUAGGCUUCUGCAUCAUGUUAAGUUCACUUUUUUUGCAUGUAUAUCUUAUCAGGACGCUGAACAAGCUAUCUGGACUUCAUUCUUGUUCGUCUGGCUAUUCCAUGGGACUUUUUGGGGUCACUUUUGCUUGUGUUAUAGUGCUGAUACGUGCAUCGAGUUUCCUUUCCAACAGUUUUAUUCUGGAAGAAGGACGAGUGGCUACCUUUCUUUUGGCAACAACUGUAAUAUUUCAAUUACGUUGUGCACUUAUGAAGAAGAUGAUGUUUCUUGAAGCGCUUGUGCUUUGUCUUUUGGUUCCUUUACUCAGAAUUAGUAUUGAACUUGGGCAAUUGAAGCAGGCUGUGAAUUCGUUAUUCCUAAAGGUUGAUCCUUCACAAUCUCUGGGAAUCGACAAUGACUCUCAAUUCUGGAUGUAUGUUGCUGAAGUCCUGCCAACAUUAGCUCUUAUCCUCGUUGCGUAUCUGCUGUACAAGAAUAUUGCUGUUUGUCCCUCUCAGGGCAUUUGGAAGUAUGUCGUUGCAGGAACUUUAUUUAAUUAUAUGCUCAUACCAUUUCAUUGGGCCUCAGAUAGUAGCCUAUUGAUUCUGCAAAUGUUGCCUGAUGGUGUAAAGGGAAACAUAAUUCCUCGAGUGACCUAUGCUGCUGGACUUCUACAGCUUUCACUAUUGACCAUAGGUCAACUAACUUCUAGGAAGAGGGCUUCGAAUUCAGAAGAAACUACAUUUGUUAAAUUGUUGGCCUUAUUAUCCGCAUGGAGUUCGACGAUCAUUAUUCUUUCAGGAAAGCAAGGCCCCUUGGUUGUCUUGGCAUUGUUGAUUGGAGGUGCUUUCUCCACCUCGAUAGAGUUUUUCCUUGUUGGUGCUAAUAAUGAUACGCAAAUUUUGGCCAAUGACAUGAUAACUCGACAUGAACUAACUACUUUUAUCCAUCUCAGGUUCGAUGAAUUCAAUCUUACUCGUCAAGCAAUCCUUCUAACCAUCGACACAUUUGGUUUCUCUCACAUUCUCCCUAUAUUCGGACUUCCAUUCCUCGUAACAUGUUAUUAUUCGCUAAGGCAGAACAAACAAGUAUUUACUUUGAGAUUAUGUCAAGUAUAUCUCAUGUACGGAUUCAUCACUGCCCUAACAGCCACAUUCACAAUGCUAUGUGUCGCAAUACAAAGACGGCACUUGAUGGUCUGGGGAUUAUUUGCUCCGAAAUUUGUUUUCGAUGUGGUGGGCCUUCUUCUAUGCGACUUGUUAAUAUUUUUGUCAGCACUGUAUUAUAUUGCAUGAAUACAUUGUUUGUAUUAUUUUAGCACA